GAACAGCCAGCCCAGUCUCUCCUAAGGGCCAUUUCAGCCCACUUCAGUCUAUUAGAUUGAAGACUCUGGAUGGCGAAUGGCUUCAGCAGAAGAAAAGGCCUGGAAGAAACGCUGGUUUAUCCUUCGGAGUGGCCGGAUGAGCGGUGACCCAGACGUGCUGGAGUACUACAAGAAUGAUCACUCCAAAAAGCCCCUGCGCAUCAUCAACCUGAACUUCUGUGAGCAGGUGGAUGCAGGCCUGACCUUCAACAAGAAGGAGCUUCAGGACAGCUUUGUGUUUGAUAUUAAGACCAGCGAGCGAACCUUUUACCUGGUGGCUGAGACAGAAGAGGACAUGAACAAGUGGGUCCAGAGCAUCUGCCAGAUCUGUGGCUUCAAUCAGGCCGAGGAAACCACAGACUCCCUGAGGAACCUCGCGGCCAGCCAUGGCCCACGCUCUUCUCCCGCGGAGCUCAGCAGCUCCAGCCAGCACCUGCUCCGGGAACGGAAGUCCUCCGCCCCUUCGCACUCCAGCCAGCCAACCCUGUUCACGUUCGAGCCUCCCACGUCAAACCACACGCAGCCUGCCUUGUCCACCAGCGCACCUCAGGAGUACCUCUACCUGCACCAGUGCAUAAGCCGGAGGACGGAGAACGCCAGGAGUGCCAGCUUUUCUCAGGGGACCAGGCAGAAGAGCGACACAGCCAUGCAGAAGUUGGCCCAGGGCAAUGGGCACUGUGUCAACGGGGUCAGUGGUCAGGUCCAUGGCUUCUACAGCCUUCCCAAGCCAAGCCGACACAACACAGAAUUCAGAGACAGCGCCUAUGACCUCCCCCGGAGCCUGGCCUCGCAUGGCCGUACCAAGGGCAGCCUCACAGGGUCCGAGACGGACAACGAGGAUGCGUACACCUUCAAGACGCCCAGCAACACCCUGUGCCGGGAGUUUGGGGACCUCCUGGUAGACAACGUGGAUGUCCCAACCACUCCGCUCCCAGCCUACCAGGUCCCUAGGACUUUCACACUGGACAGGAACCACAACGCCAUGUCUGUGGCCAUCCCUGGGGAGUCAGCCAUAGCCCCUCCUCCCCGGCCCCCCAAGCCAAGUCAGGCAGAAACACUUCGAUGGGGCAGCCCUCAGCAGAGACCCCCAACCAGCAACAGUAGAUCUGUCGCUGCCACAAUCCCCAGGCGCAACACACUCCCAGCCAUGGACAACAGCCGACUGCACCGAGCUUCCUCCUGUGAAACCUACGAGUGCCCUCCACGUGGUGGCGAGAACGCAGGCCGGUCUGCCGAGUCCAUGAGUGAGGGAAUCGCUUCUUUCCUGCCAGGGAAAACUGUGGUUGGUCGAUCCGACAGUACCAGUUCCGAAGACAACUAUGUGCCCAUGAACCCAGGUUCUUCCACCCUGCUGGCCUUGGAGCGGGCAGGCGAUAACUCCCAGAGUGUCUACAUCCCCAUGAGCCCAGGGCCACAUCCAUUUGACUCCCUUGGCUACGCUUCGACAGCCCUUCCAGUGCACAGAGGCCCCAGCCGAGGAAGUGAGAUUCAGCCACCCCCAGUCAACCGCAACCUCAAGCCUGACCGGAAGGCCAAGCCAACACCACUUGACCUGAGAAGCAGUGCUGUCAUCGAUGAGCUCCCCUUCAAGUCCCCUGUCACCAAGUCUUGGUCCAGGGCCAACCACACCUUCACCUCCAGCUCCUCCCAGUACUGCCGCCCCAUCUCCACUCAGAGCAUCACAAGCACGGACUCAGGAGACAGUGAGGAGAACUAUGUCCCUAUGCAAAACCCCGUGUCUGCAUCUCCCGUCCCCAGCGGCACCAACAGUCCAGCCCCUAAGAAGAGCUCCGGCAGUGUGGACUAUCUGGCUCUGGACUUCCAGCCGGGCUCCCCCAGCCCCCACCGAAAGCCAUCCACAUCAUCGGUGACUUCGGAUGAAAAGGUGGACUACGUCCAGGUGGACAAGGAGAAGACUCAGGCCCUGCAGAGCACCAUGCAGGAGUGGACUGAUGUGCGACAGUCCUCAGAGCCCUCCAAGGGGGCCAAGCUGUGAUGCGGGGCCACUGAGCCCAGAGAGGAGGCAGGAGGCACAUCUCCAGCGAGGGCUUCUUCUGUCUCCUCUCCCACCCCUUUCACUUCACUCUGCCACUCUCGGCCUUCAAAGCAUUGGCAUCAGGGCCCCUCCCUUGGCAAGUGAGGGCCCGACGGGGCACUUGCUGGGCCGGGGGACUUUACCACUAUCGGCUGUGCCUCCUCCACCCACCUUAGGAGAGGGUGCCAGCAAGCUUCCUCCUGUCCUCGAGACCCGACUGUGUCCACCCAAUCUUGGAGGGCAUCCAGCCACAGCACCACAGCUCCCCUCACCUGUGGGCCAUCUCCUGCAGGACAGGCAGGGCCCAAGACCAGCAGACCAAAGUGGACAUGGACUCUUCCACCCUGCCUUUUGUGGUGGGAGAGGCAAGGCUGCCAAAGCUGCAGUCGUUGAGAGUGAAGGGCAGAGGUGGACAAUUUUGUCUUCAGGGACAAGAAUUAGAUGUCCAGCUGCAGAGGCAGUGGGUAUUUUCAGGGUCCCCCAUUCCUAGGCCAAGAGCAUGUAGGGCCACUGCUGGGGAGUGCAAGAGGCAAAAGAAUAAAGGACAAAAUAAUGACAAGCGAGACAAACAGGGCAUGGAGUGACAAGGACUCUGCUCCACCACAGUAGGAUGGAAAGUCAUCCACUUCCUGAGCCUUUGGUGGGGGGCAGGCUGAGUAGGGUGAUUCAUGGAGUGGGAAUGCGCAGGUGACAGUGGGACGGACGUGAGAUAGAGUGAGCAGGGAACGGGCGCUGCAGGGAAGAGGUGCUGUGAAGUGGGCGCGCAGGAUGACCAAUGGCUGCAGGGUGCGUGCACAGGUGCAGAGCCAGCUCUGGGCCCCAGAGUGCAGGUAAACAGGGCCAGGGCCAUGCAGUGGGGCUGUGGCAGCAGCUGCUGCCCAGCUCUGCAGAGAAACCCAGAUGGCCAGCUGCCUAGCCCAGGGCUUGGCUGCGCUCUUAGCCCUGCAGUGCCACAGCUUGAACGGCCCCCGCAGAGGCAGCGAGCAGAGGCAGGGCAUGACCUAAGCUAGGCAGAGGGAUGGAGUUCUUAUGCCAAAAGUUCUUGACCAGAGUUCAGGGGCAACAGGCUAGGCCAGUGAUCUGUUUGCCUGGGGUGAAGAGAACUUUGUGCAUGCUCAUCUCGGCUCUUGCACUUGCAGGCACGCCUCUCAGACCCAUGGAACCACCCCCAGAAGCUUUCCUGGGAUAAGUUCCUUCCUUGGACGUUGCCCCUCUAAAUUUAACUCAGCAACUCAGAUCUUCAAGUAGCAGUUGCCAAGGCCAGGCACCAAGUCCUCACAGUUGUCCCUGAACUUAAGGUCAAGAUCAGUGAGAAAAAGGACUAGGACACAAGGUGACAGUGAUGGCUGUGUGAUGAGUGAAGGAACAAAGUGAGGCUGGUACCAAAGGCCAGGAGGGUGUUGACCAAGUGAGGGGGCCAUAGGAGUGGGUGCCCAGGCCAGGCCAGUCCUGAGCCCUGCAGGACAGGAAGUCGGAAGCUGGAAGGCUGUGCGCUUUGGAACAAAAGGGGUUUGAGGGGUGGCGGGGGCCUCACAUCUAAGUGCUAGGGACAUUCUUGGGGCUCCCUUGGGGGCAGGGUAAAACUGGCUAGGGCUCGCAGGGUGCUAGCUUGCUCUGCCUUCCCUGACUGUCCCUUAGGGCUUACCAGCAGGCCCACAUGGCUGAGUUUCUAAUGGUGCCUCCCGUGUUGAUCCCACGGUGCCACAGACAUGUUGCCAUGCUCUGAGUGCUAUGGGAAUGAAACUCGGCUGGAGUGUGCAGGGACUACGGUGUCCUAACGUGGGUGAGCUCCCAUGGCCACCUGCCAAACUCAGUGUGCAACUUGGGGUAAAGCUGGAAGGGUGGAAGCAGAGCUCUGGCUGACAAACUGCACACUCCCAGCUCCAACUUGCACCUGCUCUUCCAGGCCCCAAGAGGAGGUCAAUCCAGCUCAGAAAGCAGACCCUUUGCUGCCCGUGGGUCCAGUUUACCUGUCUUGGUGGCCUGGACCCCACAGCGGCUACCCCAGGCCCCAUCCCCCCAGACUGUGCCCAGCAGCUCUCCACCCACCCCCUGCUCCACCUCAGGAAAAGGAAUGGGAACCCCUGGAGAGCACAGUCUCUUACCUGGACUUUGGCUUGCCUGUCAGGUA